AUGAAAACUAAAAGAUCAAUAAUUUAAGAAUAAUAACCAGAUCAUGAAUAGAUUCGUAAAUAGAAUGAAUAAAAUUUACAACCAGCUGUAUAAGUGUACAGAAUGUAUUCCCAAUUACAUACAGUAGCUUAAGCAGAAUAAGUUGCUGACUCUCUAUCAUCAAUAGAUUUUAUACAGAAAUAGUGUGAAAAGAAUAUGAAGGUUCGAGAAUUUGCAAUGUAUGCAGCAUAGUUUUUUAAAUAUGAACAUUACAAUUUUGGUUAAAUUAUAAUGAAUUAAGGGGAUUAUGGAGAUAGAUUUUAUUUGUUAUUAAAUGGUGAAGUUGGAGUUUAUAUGAAGAGAUCAAAUGAAGAUAUCUAAAAUGAUUUGGAUUUUAUAACUUAGUAAAAUAGUGAAACCAAUAUUAUUAUAAAUAAUAAUGUGUUGAAGAAAAAGAAAACAAUAGUUUUGACUUAAUUAAAUAAAUAUGAUCUAGCAUUAAGAAUGUUAGUAGAUAAUAAUAUGUAUUUCAAUAAUGGAGUUCCUUAAUUUAAAAAAGUAUGGCAAUAUUAUUCAGGUUAAUGUUUUGGUGAUUAAGCAUUAAUACAUGAUCAACCAAGAUCAGCAAGUAUUAUAGUAGUAUCAGAAGAGGCACAUUUAAUUUCAAUGAACAAACAUGAUUAUCGAUUAGUGUGUGAGAAAUAGAUACAAGAAUAGAAUUCAAACAUAGAUUAUUUUAUGAAAUUAUUUAAUGGUGCUAGUAAAUUUACAGUGACAAAGUUUAUUUAAAAUUUAAGAACAAUAUAAUUCUCAGCAUAAUAAAUUUUAUGGAAGGAAGGUGAUGACCCUAAAUUUUAUUUUUUGAUAUUAAAAGGGAGAGUUUAAUUGUAUAGACAUAUUCCAGAAGAAUAAUUAAGUUAAUUAACAACAAGAAAAAAGAAGAAAAUAGUUUUAAGUUAAUUAUCAGAUAAUUCAUUUGUUGGUUAAGAAGAAAUAAUAGAAUCUGUUCCAUAUAGAUUAUAUUCUUGUUAAGUAUUGGAUAAUACAACUGCUUAUUUUAUGGAAGCAAGUGAAUUUAAUAAUUUAAAGAAAAACUUUCCAGAUAUUGUAAAAUUACUCAAAGACAAGAGUUCUUUAAUAUCUGAAUAUAUGAAUAAUAGAUAGAAUAAUAUAAUUUCUAUACUAACAUAACAUGAAAAUUAAUAAUAGGAGGAACCAUAAUUGAUGAUAACUGAAAGAAAAACUGUAUAAGAGAUAUUUAAAGAUCCACAUGAUAGACCAGAUAAAAAUGAUAUUCGUUCAUAGAAACCUAGAAUACUUCUACAAACUGAAAUUGCUCAUUAAAAUAUGUUAUAUCAUUAAAAAAAAUUACCAACUGAUGCAAAAACUAAAUUUUUAAUGGUUGAUACAAAUCUUAUAGAGUAGAUUAGAGACAGAGUUUCUAGAAAAGUAUGGACUGGAGCUGAAAAGAAAUUAAGAGUUAAAACUACACAUCUAGAAGAUAAUCAAAUUUUAAUUAGUAGAGUUUAAAGUGUUAUUAGUACAAAACCAAAAAAAAUGUAAAAGUUUGAAUCUUUAGAAACUGUACUCUAAAUUACAUCAUCAGAGCCUUAUUUAACUUCUCCUACAAUUGUUAAUUCAACUACCAAUACAAUUCCUCUUAUUUAAAGAUCCUGGAAUCCUUAGAAUAGAUAAUUAAAAGCUAAAUUAAGAAAGGCUUUCAGUGGAGCUAAUACUCGAAAUACUUUAUAAACUAGAUAAACUGAAAAUGAAGAUUUAUUCGCUUAAUUAACACCUCCUAAAAGAAUUCACACUGCAAAAUCUACUAAUAGAAAAAUGUAAUAUUAUUUAUUUAUCUUAUAAGUUGUUCUGCUUUUCGAUCUCGUAAAAAGAGUGAUCAACUUUUUGGUUAUAUUUGA